UUCCGGCCAUCUCGGGCCUUUUCCGCCUGUGCUCUGCCGGCUCUAUCUCUGCUCCCUGGCCGUUCUCCGCCCCGGGCCGGCCCGCUCAGCACCCUUCGCCCGCCCCGGCGGCUCGCUCGGCGUCCGGAAUCUCUCCGAAGCUCGGGGCUACUGUGCCGCGCGUCUUCGCUGUGCGGCCCGGCCUGAGGCCUGCCGCGCGCGGUGAGUCCGUGCAGACCUGACCGGCGUCUCCCGGCUGCUCAGUGGAGGCCGCCGCCGCCUCGGGAUGUCGCGACCCGGGUCCGGGCAGCGCUGGGUGGGCCGUUGGGGCUGCGGGCUGCUCGCGCUGCUGUUGCUGUUACUGCCGGGGCCGAGUGGCACCUCUGAGAUCACCUUCGAGCUGCCCGACAACGCCAAGCAGUGCUUCUACGAGGACAUCACGCAGGGGACAAAGUGCACCCUCGAGUUCCAGGUUAUUACUGGUGGUCACUAUGAUGUAGAUUGUCGAUUAGAAGAUCCUGAUGGUAACAUGUUAUACAAAGAGAUGAAGAAACAGUAUGAUAGUUUUACCUUUACAGCCUCCAAAAAUGGGACGUACAAAUUUUGCUUCAGCAAUGAAUUUUCGACUUUCACACAUAAAACUGUAUACUUUGAUUUUCAAGUUGGAGAAGACCCACCUUUGUUUCCUAGUGAAAACCGAGUCAGUGCUCUUACCCAGAUGGAAUCUGCCUGUGUUUCAAUUCAUGAAGCUCUGAAAUCUGUCAUCGACUAUCAGACUCAUUUCCGUUUGAGGGAAGCUCAAGGCCGAAGCCGAGCGGAGGAUCUAAACACGAGAGUGGCCUACUGGUCGGUGGGAGAAGCUGUCAUUCUGCUGGUGGUUAGCAUAGGGCAGGUAUUCCUUCUGAAAAGCUUCUUCUCCGAUAAAAGAACCACCACAACUCGUGUUGGAUCCUAACUGCCUUUUGAGAGUUGAUCACCAUGGCCACUGUAAUAUUGCUGUCCUCUAAUUUUAGGUACCGAAGAACUUAAUAUUGGCGACAUUUUUAAAAUCGUACCCAUACACUUGUUGGGGGGAAAGGGAGGAUAAACACUGCAUAUCUCCAAACUGUGGAAAGGACAUCUUUUUUAUUUGUAAAGGUAGAAAAACUUCGGAGCUUAUUUUGGGCUAUUCAUGUUAAAUAUUCAGCACCAAUGAUCUACUCUUUUCUUAGUUGUUUAUAUCUACUCUUUGCACACUAAACUUUGGUAUUUGAUUCCUUUUAGUCAUUUUAAAGUACUUUUGUUAUGGGUAGUGGAUAUUUUAAAAACCUUUGAUUUAAUGUCUAUAAGUGUUGUGGAGGAAGAAAAUUGCCUUUUCAUUGUUUAUAGUAAAUAAAAUUUUGUUUUUAAGAAAAUCAAAUGUGAUUAACUGUAGCUUCAGCCCCAUUCUGCACUCAUUAAUUUUAUGGAGGUGGGGGAGAGGGGAGUGGGAUUUACCACAGAAAUGUUAGUUAAUUUAAAUUGGUACAUCAUGGUGUCAUUUAUUUCUCACUAACUUGGAAAAUGUCAGGUUUUUGUGUUUUGGGUUCUGUGAUUUCUAAUCAGUUUUUUUCUUCAUAAAAACAUUCUCACCACACAGAAAAUAAUAUAUUUCAGUAACCAAGUAGGAUUUAUAUAGGCCUUGAAAAUCAGACUGUUGUAACAAGUAGCAUAAGUACAGAGUAAUGAAGAUACUACAAUUGGGGGCAAAUGAAAUGGGAUAAUGAGUGAGUGGUUUUAUACACAUUACUGUUUUACAAAGCAAGGUGGUCAACUGUUUCACUUUAAUACUUAAAUUGACUUGUUUUUCUGCCUGUCUGUGCGUUUAAUGUCCUUCAGUCAUUCCCAGCUUGAAUUGGUAGUUGUAAUAGUAGUAUCAUACAAGUGCCAUGCAUUUCAUCCUGAUCCAUGUGAAAGAUAUACUGAGAAGUUAGUGGGAUUUUUUUGAGGGGGUGUGGGGUGGAAUGGGAGGAUAGGGGCUGUUUUCAGUUUUUUAUCUUGUACAUGUCAUUUGUACACUCUCUGGUUAGCAGACUUCAAAUGAUUUAAAGUUCAGAAUGCUCUAUGUUGUUUUCUCUGAUAAUCUCCACUGAUUGAACUACAUUUAAUGAAUACUAAACAGUGCACAUUCUGUAUACUAUAGGGUUUAGACUGUGUUUGUGUUUUGUAACUGAUACAGAGUGAGCUGACCGAAAUAAGAUUUUGUUGCACUUAUUCUAGAAUAGAAUACAAAUGAUACAAAAUUGUAAAGGUAUUUAAAGCUUUUCCACUGUUUUAAAAAAUGCAACUGCUUUUUGCCAUGCCUCUCUUCCCCAACCAGAAGUGAUAAGUACUGUAUCAGACUGUCCUUCCCCUUGUAGACGUUGGUAUGUGGUACCGCAGAAUACUGAUUGGAUAGCAAUUCUAGCCACUUACCACUACUGACCAGAAGUUAAUUCUUAAUUCUAAACUGUCUUGAAAGUGCAUUUAUACACUGCUGCAUGUAAGGCAAAACGAAUUCAAGUUGUAAUGCUUGCUGAUUUCAGUGCCACCGUCUAGCAUGGGAUGAAAAUGUUUUCAGCCCUUUAACUCUAAAAAUCUUGAAGACCAAAUAGCUACUACUUACUAUUUGUCAAAAGAUUGAGAACUGAAGUUUAAGAUUUUGCAGAUUCAUCUGAGUUCUUGCAUUGGAAUUGUCCUGCAGCUUUGUAAGUGUCCCUUUGUAUUUCAAUUUGAAAAUUUUAAACAUUAGUGUUAACAUGACCUAUAAGCAUGGACGUAUGUAAAAUCUUCCAUUAUUUCUAGUUGACUGUCUGCUCUGUUGUGUUCAGAAUCUUACUCUAUAAUUAAGCAGAUUCAGAUAUCAGUUGCCAUGUUUGGCAUAGUUAAUGCAACUAUUUAAUUUCUGCCUAGCAAAACUGCAGUUAGACUGUUAACAUAAAUAACUUUUGAUCAAGCUAUUGAGAUAUAUUAAAACUUUUGAAAUUGCCAUUGUUACCUGUUGUGGACAAUAGUGCACACUCAAUCUUGUCCAUGUGUAACAUUUUUAAGUUUGACAGACUUAACUAGAUAUGUGUAUAUUAAUUAGAAAAUACGUAACUAUCCACAUGUAAAUGUUAAAUAUGGCCAUUUUUUUUCUCUUCCUCCUGCUAUAUAAUGUAUAGGUCAUUUUUUUUUCUUUAAUCCUUUCAUAAGUUGUUGCAACAGUUUGAAUUUCCCAAGUGUUUAUGUUUAGACAUACAGCUCAGUGCAUAUAUUUAAACAUCAUUAGCUGUAUAUAUUUUUAAAGUAGAAUAAAUAAUGGAAAGAAACUUAAUAUACAGGUUUAUACUAAAAUUUCAACUGUGUGAAGAUACAUUUUAAGAUAUUACUUUGCUAAUAAUAAUCUAAACAUUCUUUUUCUAUUAAAGAAACAAAUGGUUUGUGGUUCACAACUUUCUUCCCUGGCUUGAUAAAUAACUUUGGAAAUACAAUGGACUGAAAAUAAUUUUUCUCUUUGAAAGAUUUCAUUUCAAUGUCUGUGCUAUCCAUUUUUGCUUCGGUUUGUAAAUGUGUGACAUUUAUAAUUAAAUAGGACAAAAAGGCCCUGUGACUAUUGUUUUAAAAAAUUAAACAAAUUAAUAUAUA